AUGAAGGGUACAUCGAAUUUGGUUAGAGAUUUUUUGAAGGAAGAAUAUGUUGGGACCCUCGAAACUUCUACUGCCCCAGAAUUAGUACGACGAAUAAAAACCAAGUACGGGGCAACUGUUUCGUAUUUGAUGGCAUUGAAAGGGAAGUACAGUGCUGAAAAAGAGAUUCGCAGUAAUCAUGUCGAUCAUUACAUGAGGCUUCCUGGGUGGAUGGGAGCAUUGGUCAUGGCAACCGCGCAGGAUGGAGAACAUCACCAAUAUUCUUUAGCAUGGGGUGUGAUCGAUAGAGAGAAAGACGCUUCAUGGAGGUGGUUUAUGAAUAGUUUGAGUGAAGUAAUACCGGAUGGACCUGAUGUGGUUGUGAUAUCCGAUAGGCAUAAAAGUAUAAUGAAAGCUGUGAGAGAAGUAUAUAAACAAGCUAAUCACGCAUAUACGGAGAAGGAGUUUGAAGAAUUCUACUCUGAUUUCAAGAACAGGUAUCCCAAAGUGGCGGAGUACAUGCAAAAAGAAGAACUUGCUCCGGAGAAGUGGGCAAGGUGUAAAUUUCGGACUGAAAGAUAUAACUUAUUAACCAUCAAUGGUGCCGAAUCAAUAAACUCCGUUUUGAAGAAGGCCAAAAGGUAUCCGCUACUCAGUUUUCUUGAUAUCUGUGUCGCGAAGACGGUAAAAUGGUUCAGUAGGUACAGGGUGGAAGCAUGUGGUGGCGAUGAUUCUCAAAAGUUAACUCCGUAUGUGUACAAAGCGCUGCAUGAACGGUUUGAGAAGGCCUAUACGUAUGAGGUUAUUGAACUUAACAGGCUGAGUGGUAUGUUUGAGGCAAGGGAUGAAAAAGGUAGAAGACACUUGGUAAAUCUUGGUGAUAGAACCUGUAGUUGCAGAAAGUUUGAUGUGGAUAUGUAUCCAUGUAAUCAUGCAAUUGCAGCAGCACAUAAGGUCGGAAAAGGUAGUGCGAUUCACGAAUUAUGCUCUGAAUACUACUGGCGAGAGACUUGGGUCAAGGCUUACCAAGAGACUGUGUAUCCGGUGCCCGAUAUUUGUGAUUGGGUCUUACCGCCCGAAAUUUUAAAUUUUUCAGUGUUGCCGCCUAUAAUGGAAGAAAAACGGCGGACUGGAAGACCUAAACAGAAUCGCGUUCCUGGACCUGGCGAGGCUCGGAAAAGAUCCCAAAGUUCAACAUCGUCAUUUACAGAAUCGAAUUCGUCAAAGAGAAAAAAUUUGGAAUAA